UGUGGCAGUUGUCUCCGUUGGGAAUUAAUAUGAACUUGAUUCAAGGGGAUUCGUUUCUAAGUUGGUGGGACAAUCUGCUGGUGGUAAGGAAUAGCUGAAAAGAAGGAGGUGUGGCAGCUGUGGGAUCAAUUGUUUGUAGAAUCUGGAAAUGCAGGAACGACGCCGUCUUUAACGAUAAAAUGUGGAAGCUUGCACUACUGCUAUUAGGGAGGCAACCAAAUUUCUGGUUGCUAAUGAAGGUGGACGCAGACCAGUAGGAGCAGGUUGGGUAGCAGCUACAGAAGUUCAGAUUCGAUGGCAAAGACCCAUGAAUGGUUGGGUGAAAAUUAAUUUUGAUGGUGGACUGGAUAGUCAAAUGAAAUUGAGUGGUAUUGGGAUUAUAAUCAGAGAUUCAUGUGGCAGAUUUCGGGCGGCACGAGCAAUUCAUUUUGGGCAUUUGAUGGAGCCAGUAAUUAUAGAGGCAAUGGCGGCUAGGGAAAGUUUGAUUUUUGCGCAAGAACUCGGUAUGCAAAAGGUACAUAUAGAAGGUGAUUCUCAACAGGUGGUUGACAUGAUCCAAAGGAUAGGUGACUUCAUCACGUCGGUGGGCGUGUUAAUUGUAAACUUGAACCGGUUGAAGCAAGAGUUUGUAGAAAUGCAAGCGAGCUUUGUUCGAAGAGGUGACAAUUCAGUGGCACACGCUGUGGCCAAAAAUGUUGUGAGAGGGAGUAGAGUCUGUUCAUGGAAUCCUGACUUUUCUAUCUACUUUGUGAGGAUGAGAGCCCCAUAUGAUGUAUUUGAUUUUCAUUGUUUCCUGGUUUUAAUAAAAUCUCUCUUAAACUGUGGCCCAAAAAAAAAAGUUGUGUUGUUCCUACUUCCUUGUAUUGAAAUUUAA